CAGCCAUGUAUACCAAGCAGUUCAUUCCACCACCUUCUACUUUAGCUGUAGAACUGCAAUUUGACUUCCAUAUAAGUCAUAACUCUGACUAUCCCGUUAUUAUACACCCUCUCGGUGAUGGAACUCUCAAGACUUACACAUAUUCGGAUAUUGUACCUGCUAUACACCGCUGUGCCUCCUUCUUCCUGUCUUCCAUCUCUGUGGAUCAAGGAACUAGACCUAUUGUGGCAUUCUCAACAACAUCAGAUGCCUUGACUUAUUCUGUGGUUCUUCUGGGGGUUUUAAGAGCAGGCAUGACGGCGUUCCCUAUAUCACCACGUUUUUCUCCAGAUAUCAUAGCACAUCUCAUUAGUGUUGUCAAACCAAGUCAUAUCCUUGUCAAUACGGAGAGAUUGCCAUUGAUAGAUCAAAUCAUAGCACUCUCAAAAUAUAGGCCUGAAGUCCUUCAGAUGCCAGAAUACAGCACAAUAUUUUCUGAAGAGUCUUAUUCCAUACCUGAAACACAUAGUCGCCCUAUGGACACUACUGCCUUGAUUAUUCAUUCAUCCGGUUCAACUUCUCUAUAUCCCAAAACCAUUGAAUGGUCAUCAGAUUUUUACUUGACUAAUGCCCAGACAGUUGAUUUUGCACCAAUGCAUCUUGCUGGAAAAUUGGUUGGUCUUCAAUCUCUAGAGCCUUUUCACUCCUUAGGGUUAUGUUUCCUAAACUGGUUGGCGCAUGCUGGUUUUGUCAUGGCUCUACUUGAUCCGGGAGAUAGUGCAUCACUCAUUCCUGCAGGUCCUGACAUCAUUUUCAACAAUCUUAAGCAGACCUCUCCUUCUGUCAUUUAUGCCAGUGCUUAUCUUUUGGAGGUAUGGUCUGAAGACCCAAACAAGAGGGACUUUCUAAAAUCUACAGUGGUGAUAACUGCUGGAAGAGUGUUGAACAAAUCCUGUGCCAAGAAAUUGUUGGAUAGCAAUGUUCAGCUUACUUCAGGAUACGGAUCUACAGAGAGCGGAAGUAUUAGCAUUAUCAGCUCCUUAGGAGCACAGGACUGGGACUAUUUUUGUCCUUGUCUGCCAGAGGUGAAAUUUGUUCAGCGCAAUGAUGGAUUGUACUCAAUGACCGUAGUGUCUACUCCAAGUCGUAAGUUGCCUGUGUGUAAUACAACGUACAAUGGGAUACCUGGAUAUGACCUGGGAGAUCUGUUUCGGGAACAUGCAGUAAAGAAAGGCUAUUUCUCAGUUGUGGGCCGGUCAGGGGAUCAAAUUAUGCUGAGCACUGGUGAAAUGGUAGAUCCAACUGUGAUAGAAAGCAUGCUAUGUCAAAUGCCUCAAGUAGACAAUGCCAUGAUGAUUGGAAAUGGUCGCCCAUCAGUGGGCAUUAUCAUACAGGUUGCUCAUGGUCUUGAUAUUGAACAAAAAAAAAUCAUUUGGGACCACAUAUGGCAGAUGAUUAAAGCAGCAUAUCAAGGAAAUACAACUCUCACAAAGCUCUCUACAGAGAUGAUCAUUUUUACAAACUGGCAGAAACCGAUCCCACAGGCAACAAAAGGAAUGCCUAUGCGUGUUUUAGCAUUGGAGCAAUUUGAAACUGAGAUCCAUAGUUUAUACAAAUGACUCUUCAGGCUGAACUGAUGGCCUGAAAACAGAUGAGGCUGAACAUGGGAGUAUUAUGACAUGAACUUAGCU